AUGAGGGUGCAAUCUUCGAUGGUACCUCGAAUGACAGGUCGAGUCGAAAGGAAGGCGUACGAGACCGAAAUCUCCAAGCUUUCGCAAAGGCUCAUCCAUCUGAAGACCCUGCGUAACGAUGCCGCGUCCAUCUCAAGAUUUCCCGACGAAGUCCUGUCUAUGAUUUUCCUCGAGUUUGGGACCGUGGUCGAGCACUGGCCACUCCGUCAAUGGAAAGACCUCAUGCUCGUCUGUCGAAGAUGGCGCGACAUCCUUAUGGCCCACACAAAACUAUGGUCCUUUGUCACCUCUGAGAUGUCUCUAUUCGGUCGAAAUGGUCUCACACUCGAGCAGCGAUUGCAGCGGUCCGCAGGAGCUGCUCUGACGUGCGAGUUCAGGCUUUUAGGAGGACAUACCAGUGCUUUAUCAGACCUUGCCAUCGUUUUGGCUGGUCAUGGCCAUCGUGUCAAAUCUUUGAACCUUACUGGCAACUACGAUGAUCUACAGACGGCUCUGGGAUUGGUCGGAGACCUUCCGAUGCUGUCCGAACUUCAGAUUCGCCGUUUUUCAGACGAUGACGACCGGAGUUCGCUUGCUCCACACCGGUUCAUGACGCUCAAUCUUCCUCACGUCCGACGACUCGAACUACACAACGUCAGGUUUACUGCCCACGAUCUCCUCUCAAACCUGUACUCUCUUCGAUUGCGAAACCACAAAGGCCAGGACGUCGCAUUCCUUCCAUCAUUCAAAAACGUGAUCGAUAUCCUCGCUCGUUCGCCUCGUCUUGAGCGGCUCGAACUCUCUUCGUUUUGGCGUGAGAACGACAGAGCGUCCAACGCCCUCACUGUCGGAGAUCCUGUCAUGCUAUCCCAUCUGGAGCAUAUCGACGUCAGUGGCGGUAUUCGCUACCUCACCGUCCUCCUCAAAAUCCUCGCCUUUCCAACAACGACAAAGAUGAGCUUCGAUAUCCCCGAUGACCUUACCGGCCUUGACAUCCGCGACUUCCUCGUCCCACUGCGCCGCCUCCUACACAGACAGGGCGUCCAGCCUCUUCGCUCCCUCGCCAUCGCGGGCGCCACUCCCUCAUACCUGAACAUCGUCGCAGACACUGCCCAGCACUGUGAAGGAAUCCCCCUACCGCGUUCCAUAGCAGAUGGCCCACUCUUUGCUCUUACCACGAAAUCGAUCCGGGGUCGCGACGUACGCUCCAUCAUUAUCAAGGUGCUCAAUAUGCUUCCCCUAGAUCCGAUGACGGCGCUCUGUUUGGACGUACACUGGGCAAGACUGGACACGAGUCAUGCAAUGAAGACCUGGAUCGCUAUAUGUCAGUUGUUACCUCAGCUUACGCAUGUCGUUGGGGCUAUGGACGCGGGUGUGGUGGUUUUGAUCCAGGGGAUGACGAAGGCAAUGGGGCGCGGGACGAAGGGCGUUUCUGGAAGAAGGAGGAGACAUAUGAUCGAGCAGAAUCCCCUGCAUCCAAUGGCGUUGACACUUCAUUGUCAUCGCAGAACCGGCAUGCCGGACGAAAUCGCGACACCCGAAACGUAUCAACACUAUGACGGUCUGGUGCUGGCCUUGCAAAAUUAUAGGGAUGCGGAGUUGCCUGGGAAGCCCAAGGACGUGUUGUGGGAUAAGCUCGAGUUUGCACAUCCUGAGGAGAAGGAGGAAAGGUUCCCGGAUCUGUAUGAUAAUAUGGAUAGAUUGAGAUUAGUGACGAGGAGGUUGGAUGUACACGAUGACGGGACGAGAAUGACUCGCAUGCGAUAUUCAGAUGAGUAGUGCAGGCAUUCUUUUAAUUAUCUAGCAUACCUGAAACAGAUAAUCAAACUUUCCUACCUAAUCCAUUCCACAUCGUCAGUCAACC